AUGCUGCCACGGCCGCAUGCUUGCAGGCCACGAGCAUGUGUCCUGCUUGCUUGCUGUGGUGCUGCGUUCGGAGAUACAGCAGCUUUGGAGAGAUGCUCCUUCGAGGUGGUAAUGGUUGAUGAUCGGCCUUGGAAAAGGCUGUCAGCACCACAAGCCCCAUAUUGGGUUUUGGGUGCGGCCUUAAAUUAUGCUUAUGCGAUGCACUUUUCUUACAGGAUCCGCCUUGUGCGGCCGUACCACUGGACCGAUCCGUACAAUAUGCAAGGAUCUUACCCUGGCUGGAACAAAGUGCUGUACUUCGCGGAGCUUCUGAGAGAAAGCCAACAGCACUGUACAUGGCUUCUCUACCUGGACUGCGAUGCCUUUGUUCGGGCAUUCGUGCCGUUUACAUCACUGCUUUCAGAUCUGGCUCGGCGCUAUGGUCUGAACAUGGGCAAUUGUGAAGGAACCUCUGCCAUCUUCGCGCGUGAGGAUCCAAUGCCCUUCCUGAACUUGAGCAGCGGACCGAUGCCGACCGGCGCCGUGCCUGCAGCACCUUUCAUAAACACAGGCAGCACAGCGUAA